CCGGGCCACCCACCGGUCUUGUUGAUGUCGACUUUCGAUUUCUCGACCGAUUUUGCCAACCAACAUUCAAAGAACAACAACAACAACUGAUUGAUAGCGGGCAUUGUGUUUUAUCUGGACAGAAACAUAACACAUCUGUCUACCAACAACUCGACUUCCAACAUCUCGACCCCAUCACAGAAAUACCAUAACAUCGACCUCAACGAAAACCAACAACAAUGUCGCCCCCUCCACACGGCCCCCGCCAUCGCGGCUACCACGCCUACAACAACAACCCCGACCCAUCCAACUCCAAUUGUUCCGCCCCUCCGACUCCCCCCGGCAGCAUCCCCUCUCCUUCCAUGUCCUUCCCCGGCUCGGGCUCGGCCCCCAACAGCAGCACCACCACCAUCACCAGCACCAACCCUUCCAACUCAAAUACCAGCCUCAACAACAUGACCCACCACCCCAACCUCCAUGUCCCCUCAACCCACUCCCAAUCCCAAUCAACAACAACAACAACAACAACAACAACAACAACAACAAGUGGAACAGACCGCACAGCAACCGCCCACGCAGCCACCCACCUCCUCACCACCUUAUUUCCCCCCUACUCCCAAACCAACCAACUAAUCGCCUCUUUAUCCGCGGAGCUCGACGCCCUCAAAGCGCGCCAACGAAUCUGGAAACGGCUCGCGCACGCCGCUGUCCUGUUCAGUUCCGACCACGAGUUGCGGUAUUCGCUACUGGACAAAUGCAAUGAUUUGGCGGAGUGCAUGAAGAUGUACCCUCGCUUACGAGAGGAAGUGGCCAAGAUGAAUGAGGUGGAGCUGCAAUUGUUUAGUAUUUCGAGUACCGCGAAGCAGUUGGUUGGGGAUGUUGAGUGGGUUAGGGCGGAGGAUGUGAGGGGGUUUGUGGAGGGGGUUAGGAGGGGGCAGCUUGCG